AUGCUGCUCUGGUUUCUGCGUGUGUCCCCAAGCGCCGCGGGGCUUCUCCAACUGCAGCCCCAUCUCUCCGCCGCUAGUGCGCGUCCGGGAGGGUGCCCCGAGCCCCUUACGUGCACCCUGCCCCUCCUACGCCCCCCGCUCGCCUCCUGCCCGCUGCUGCCGGCGGGCGGAGCGGAGCGGGCGGAGCGGGGCCGGGCGGGCAGCGCCGGCGGCGGCAGCGCUGAGCUCUUUCCCCAGAGCUUUGCAGCCCUGGUCCCAGGCAUGGCACCUGGGAAGCCUGGGAAGAGCACGGGGACCUCAGAAAGCCCCUCGGUUACACUUUUCCGGGAAUACCUGAGGAUUGACACUGUCCACCCUAAACCUGACUAUGAUGCAGCUGUCCGGUUUCUGGAGCGUGUCGGUACCGACCUGGGCUUGGCCUGCCAAAAAGUGGAGGUGUGCCAGGGCCGUGUGGUGCUGAUCCUGACCUGGCAGGGCACGAACCCCCGUCUGCGCUCCAUCCUUCUCAACUCCCACACCGAUGUUGUGCCUGUCUUUGAGGAGCACUGGACCUACCCACCCUUCGAGGCAGUUAAAGACUCACAAGGCAACAUCUACGCCCGGGGUGCCCAGGAUAUGAAGUGCGUCUCCAUCCAGUACCUUGAAGCUAUCCGGAGGCUGAAGACAGAAGGGAAGUCUUUUGCCCGCACCAUCCACCUGACCUUUGUGCCUGAUGAGGAGGUGGGUGGUCACAAGGGCAUGGAGAUGUUCGUGCAGCGCCCUGAGUUCAAAGCACUCAACGUGGGCUUUGCCAUGGAUGAGGGCCUGGCCAGCCCAUCUGACACCUUCAGUGUCUUCUAUGGCGAGAGGAGCCCAUGGUGGAUAAAGGUGAAGUGCAUGGGUAGCCCUGGGCACGGGUCCCGCUUCAUCAGCAACACAGCAGCUGAGAAGAUGCACAAAGUCAUCAACUCCUUCCUGGCCUUCAGGGAGAGCGAGAAGCAGAGGCUCAAGUCUGACUCGAGCCUGACCCUAGGGGAUGUCACCUCUCUCAACAUGACCAUGCUGGAGGGGGGGGUCUCCUUCAACGUGGUGCCCUCAGAGAUGGCUGCCAGCUUUGACAUCCGCAUCCCACCCACCGUGGACCUGAAGGCCUUCGAGGAGCAGGUGGCCACAUGGUGCCGUGGUGCAGGGGAUGGUGUCACCUAUGAGUUCCACCAGAAAUGCAUGGACCAGCACAUCACCUCCACUGAGGAGUCAGACCCAUGGUGGAAGGCCUUCAGUGGUGUCUGUAGGGACAUGAAGCUGCAGCUCAAGCUCGAGAUCUUCCCGGCUGCCACUGACAGCCGCUACAUCCGGGCAGCAGGACACCCUGCUAUUGGCUUUUCACCCAUGAACCGCACCCCGGUGCUGCUCCAUGACCACAAUGAGUUCCUGAACGAGCAAGUCUUCCUGCGGGGCAUCGAGAUCUAUGCCCGCCUCCUGACUGCCGUGGCCACAGUGCCCCCGCUGCCCGCCGAGAGCUGAGUGCCCGGCGAGGGGCAGGAAGGGGGUGCCAAGCAGAGAGACCCAAGGCUUUAAGGAGAGAGGCAGUGGCUGGGCACAGGAAAUACCUGCUAGUGUGCUGGGGGCGUAGAUGACCAUGCCACAUUGGCUAUGUUCAGGGCUGGCCUGAUGGUGACACCCACGGGGUUGUGUGCCCCUUGACCAGGUGCCAGUAGAGCCUCAUGCCCAGGUGCCUCUAGCCUCUCCUGGUGUUGUCAAUGCCUCCCCCUGUCCCUUUGCCAUGGCUGGCUGCACUGGCUGGGUGGUGAGGGGCUGGCCAGUGCCCCACUCUGCCUCCCCAUGACUUGUCGUGCCUCCCUGCCUGCUUGCUGGGAGAUCUGGGGACAGUGCUGCCCACCUUCUCUAUCAAUAAAUCUUGGUAAGCACAGCCUGGA